UUCUCCUCGUAAAAAGACGGCAACGGAGAAGGGUUCAGGCUCGGGCCAAGUUCGGAGAACGGCGUUCACACGGUUUCGGCGUCUGGUGCCGCCACGAUCCGCGCCCCGUCAUUGAGGACUCAUCGACUGCACAUCACAGAAGGAUAUUGCAACGGAGUGAACGGACCACGUCAGGUGAAGCCUAUAACGUUCACUGGUGAGAGGAGACAUGGCUCGUAGCCUGAUUCCAUCGGCGUGCUUCCCCCGCCCUGGCGUCGGACGUGACUACAGGUGGGACACCUGGGACACGUGGGACAACAGCCGGCUGUUCGACCAGCACUUCGGCACCGCACUGCUUGAUGAUGACCUGUGGGCUCUACGGCCCGCACGGAUGGGCAUGCGGGCUCCUUUCCGUAGACAGUUGUCCAGGGGAGGAGGCGGGGUGUCCGAGCUGCGGAACGAGCCGGAUUCCUUCCAAGUGAUGCUGGACGUGAGCCACUUCUCGCCGGAAGAGAUCACGGUCAAGACGGUGGACCGGUGCAUUAGCGUGUUGGCUCGCCACGAGGAGCGCAUGGAUGAGCACGGCUUCGUGUCUCGCGAGUUCACACGCCGCUACGUCCUGCCCGAAGACACGCUGCCCGAGCAGGUGUCCUCGACGCUUUCGCCUGAUGGUGUGCUCACCAUCACGGCGCCCAAGGUGCCUCCUUCCACGGCGCCCAAUGAGCGCAUCGUGCCUAUUGCCAUGCAAGGCGCCGCCGCUGCUGCCAUGCCGCUAACGGUGCAACACGAGCCCUGACGCUCGCCGGUGGACAAUAAAAUUGUUUCGCAAUGUCUUGUCUA